CAAUCUAUAGUUUAGUGCUGCAGGGGUUUGGAGUAAGCAGGACCUGUUCAGUUAGUUUCCAAAAUUCUGUCAUUUAGUGCAGAGCCGUGAAUCAGGUUGGAAAGAAUCCGACUGCAGAAGCGUUUUUCUCCUGGUUUUUGGUCUACCGAUGCUUUAAGGAGCUCAUGUUGUUCUGCAGGAUCCUGCCGCGGCUCUAAUUGGAAGCACCGCACUUACGAUUAUACCAGCAGAUGUUUGAGGAGAGAUGAUGAUGUGUUAAAGAAUCAGUAAAAAACGACGAAAAACUCAACCGCAAUGGAAAAUCAGCGUAAAAAGAAACUGACUUUCUUCACUAUUGGACUCAUUUUUCUUUUCAGCGGCGUUGAAUAUGCUGUUAUAUUACCAACAAUAUGGAGGUACCUGCAGACUUUAGAGGCAGCCCCUUACUUCCUGGGUUUGGCGCUGUCGGCAUUCAGCCUGAGCGGCCUUCUGUCAGGACCACUGUUUGGAUACUGGUCCGACAGGACACGGACAACAAAGAAAAUCAUUUUGCUUUCUAACCUUUUUGAGAUAAUUGGUAAUUUUAUGUACUUCAUGGGCUACUCCAAGUGGCUUUUACUGUCAAGUAGGCUGGUAGCAGGCAUCGGUACAGGAGCAGGCUCAUCAAUCUUUAGCUUCUUGACCAGGAGCACCGCUUCAGAAGACCGGGCCACCGUAUUCGCUGCUGUCAUGGCUUGUCGACAGGCUGGCCUUCUGAUUGGCCCUGCUUUCAACAUCUUUCUGAGACUCUGUGACUUUCACCUUGGUCCAUUUGUUGUCAACAAAUACACUGCACCAGGGCUGUUUAUGUUUCUGUUGUGGAUUCUCCUUCAACUGGCAGUGGUCUUCAUGUACUGGGACUUGCCACCAACGGAGAAGAAAAAGGUCUACAUUAAACAUAAUGGGGAGGAGUAUGUGCAUGGGUUUGGUGAAGAGGAAGAUGAGGUCGAGGAGGAGGUAAAGCCGUUAAUGACAUCCCAGGAGCUUGUGGGCUCCUACGGCUCUGUGAUGACAUCCAGCCUGUGCAAAAACCACAGAUCGGCCGCCUCCAACAACUCUCUCAAUCAAAUCCAUUCUCCACUUGAAUCUCCUGCGGCAGCGCACCGACGCCUCCGAAAUUCCAGCUCAUGCCAAGAGUUCCUGAGAGAAGAAGUGGUCGUGCUGCUCGCUGCUCAGUUCAUCACUCUUUUCAAUCAGACAGCACUGGAGACUAUGGUGACGCCCCUUACUCAAAAAUAUUUCAACUUUAAAGAGCUGGAAAACAGUGUGAUGUACUGCCUCGGAGGUGUGGUGGUGAUCGCCGGCUUCCUGUUUGUGCGUUGGCUGAGCCGGCAUGUUGCAGAGCGGGUGGUCCUCGCCAUUGGUCUGGUUAUCUGCAACAUCUCUUGUAUCUGGUGCCUCAUCUUUCUUGCUAACCCUUUAGGUGGGUUUUCAUGGCAGCUGACUGAGUUCAUCAUUGGGGUUUUUCUUCAGGUUUUAGGCUUACCUUUUGUAGCAGUGGCCCAGGUUUCCCUCUUUUCCAAAGUUACUUCAGAGAAAACUCAGGGUUUCAGCCAGGGAGUACGCCGCUCAGUAGGGGGUCUAGCCACCAUCCUUGGUCCUCUCUGGGCAGGCGGUCUGACUGACAACAUGUAUAUAAUGAUGGGAGCAAUGGUGGCACUGCUGAUCUUACUUACGAUAAUGUUGGCGUUCUCGUACAACCGGCUGGUGGAGCCUGCUGUGGAGCACAUGGAGAGUUCACACAUCUGUGCCUAAAAACUGCAGCACCAGUUGUAAGAAUAUGGCGUUUCUUCUCCUGCAUCUUUAGUGUGAUUUGGGACCGAUUCAGAAGGUGACAACAUCCCUCUAAAAAAACUGGAUUUCGGUGGUUGUCCGUUUGAAGAGGUUUUGAUCAGUGGCUGUCUGAUAAAGAGCUCACAGCAUAUUUCCCAUGGAAAUAUAAAACUAUGCUGACAAUGCAUGUUAUUCUUUUUCAUGAAAUUUGCUUCACUCAAAGGUACUCCUCUAUUCCUCUGCUCCACCCUUCACCCUUUUCAGUAAGUUAGAUGUAAUAUGCACUAUUUAAUAAAUAUCCAUAGCUGUAAACUGACAGAUUUCAUUUUUUAAUUAGCUUAAAUUUAAUGACCAAUUCUAAGCUAAUUUUUAAAUCAAUAAGUAGGAUGUUAACAAUAAUAAUUUCUGAGAUAUAAGCUAAAUUAUGUGAUUUUUUCUUUCUUUUUUUUUUUUUUAGUUAAUUUCUCUGAAUUUAAUAUAUAAAUGUUCGACUAUAUUGUUUUUGGAUCAGUAUUUAAUCAAUUUUGGAAUCAUUGUCCAAAAGUAAGUAUUUUCCAAGAAACCACUGACUUGCACAAAGUUAUAUAAGGGUUAAAAUAUUGUGGGGAACUUGGUCGAAAUGUACUAAAAUAUUUUAUAAAUUU